AUGAGAGUUUUUUGUGAUUGCGAUGCGGGUUCUAUUUUCAACGAUCGUCACCACGAACACGAGUCAAAGAAGCCGUUUGCAGCAGUUCCAGCAGUAGCGGCAACGUCGUUGAUGGCGAUAUGCUGGGAUCGAACGAAAGCCAAAAAGAAUUUCCCGCAUACCCGUGGGAAACAUUGUUUCACCCAUCUACGGAUACCUCGUUGCUGGUGUAUCCGUACAGAUCCAAGACGUAGUGUACUGGACAGUGGAAGGGAUGGGGGCCCAGGAUGGAUCAUGAAGUGGGAUACCUAUGGCACCCGUGGCCACCGAGAUUUUGAAGCCGCCAUCGGUCUUUCGCAUCAUGUCCGCCCCUCGCAUGGCUUCCUCAUCAAACUAGCAUCACGUCACACAUCACGGACACAGACACAAUGGGAUGGGAUGGACCAUCGUCGAGGUCGAGUCUCGACGGUUCAUCGUUGCAGUUGCCCUCUAGAAGCUAGCGUUGGCUUGCGUUGGCUGUCACUUGGGCUAGUGGCCGAAGGGUGUGGCUCGCAGGUCUGGCGCGAGUUUGGGGUGGCUCUGGUGGCUCUGUCACUGUGCCCCCCGUCUCAGACGGUCUUCGUCUGGGGCAUGUCUCACACCCUUGAGCCCCAGCAAGCCCAGCCCAGGGUUCUUCCUCGCCAGCGCCGUGGAAUGAUUGGAAUGCUUCUAACCUCUCUCGACGCCCUCCCGGACCCUUCUGCAGCGGCUCCACGACGCCUUGCUUCACACGGCCUCCAUCUCCGAUCGACCUUUUCACGAUCCCUAGCCCGACCCGACAAUGUCGGACAUGGAUGGGGUGAGCCAUACUGCGUAGGCGGGCAUGCAGCAUGGCGGGGAGCGGGCCCCUGGCGUUUCUUGGCCGCCCUGAACCGCACUGAUCGAGUCUGCAGUGUUCCUGACAGAAACCCUGGUCUCCCUUGCUCCAUCGAGAGUCGAUUCAGUCAAAUCAGAAGACUUGUCGCCUUCGACUCUGGCUGCUCGUCCACCAUGAAGCGGCGAAGCCCACCCCGGCUAGCCAUGGCCAAGCAUUGGCAAGCAUUUUGGCACCCGGUGCGCCGAAGAGCCAAUCUGAUGGUGCAUGGCUGGGCAUUGACAUGGGCCAAUUCGUGA